CAUAAAAUCAGGAUGAAGUGAUUUUUUGAAUGAGAAGAAACGUGCACCAUAGAAAAAUAUCAAACUAGACGAAGUAAUUAACAAAGCCUUCUUCUAUGGCUAACCUUCCCAUCAUCAAUCUCCCACAAUCCAAGCAAAUAUUAAUAUCCUUUACUAACUUAUCUUCACACUUUUAUCCCUACUCAAAGGUUCAUUUUCAGCGGCAAAUAUUGAAUAAGAACACCAAAUCAUAUAAUUAUCGUCUCUUUUCUCGGAGAAGCUUUGUGGAAUACGAAGAAGAAGACAAUCUAAACUCAGAAAAUUGUAGUUUCCAAGAAGCUGUCGCACUUUUCAAUAGCAGAGAUUAUUACAGAUGUCAUGACGUUCUUGAAGCCCUUUGGAAGGAAUCCCAAGAGCCAAUUCGAACUCUACUUCAUGGAAUUCUUCAAUGUGCAGUUGGAUUCCAUCACCUUUUCAACCAAAAUCACAAAGGAGCUAUGAUGGAAUUGGGAGAAGGCCUAUGUAAGCUUAGAAAAUUUAAUUUUGAAAAUGGACCAUUUUAUGAGUUUGAAAAAGAAAUUUCACAAGUUUUGGAUUUCAUAUAUAGAACACAACUAGAACUUGCUGCAUGUGGUGAUGAUAUUUGUGUAACUCUUGAUCAAUCAGAAAGAUCAUAUCAACUUCUUGGUGGCUAUGCAGCAGGCCAAAAAAUUUAUAACUUGGAAAAUGACCAAGAUGAUCUUUACCUUGUUUUUUCUGGAAGAUAUCAUGGAAAUAAUACAGAAAAUCCCAGGAUAAAACUUCCAACAAUUGAUGCUUCUCAAGGAAAUUUGAAGGAGUUAGAGUAUACUUGACAAUAGUGGUAGACGCAGGAUUUUGUAUCGACCUAUUAUUACAGUUAAGUUAUUAAAUGAGUUUGGAGGAUUUUAAGAUUUUGCUUUAUGUCGUUAAUUGAUUUUUUUUUCUUUUCAUUAUUUUCAGUAGUGUUUGUCUAAUAUACAUCUGUACAGCAAGGACAGCUUGGUGUAUUAAGCUCUCGCUAUGCGCGGGAUCCCGGGAAGAGCCGGACCACAAGGGUCUAUUAUAUGCA